AUGCACCUCAUCAAAUCUUCACGAAACUUGCCUCUCACGCUAUUCUCCUCACACUUUUCAAGUUGUACCCUACUCAACAACUUCCCGGCACUCCGAUUCCUCGAGAAACAGUCUAUCACUCUUGCCAACGAUGUUGGUAACAACCUAUGCAUAAACAACAGUAGCAUGCUCGUUGGUUGCUGUAAUGGAUUAUUAUGCUUUCUUGAUGUUUCCAUAAAUAUUUGGGAUCAAAAGUUCUAUUUCUCUUUCUUCAACCCAGCUACGAGAUCAUUGUCUAAAAAACUAGGUUAUUUUUGCUUUUCAGUAUUGAAUGGCAGUUCCUGUUUUAAAUUUUCGUUAGGUUUUGAUAAUUUAACCUCAAAAUAUAAGGUGGUGGCCUUCCGUCCUAACGAGGUCAGAGUUUUCACAUUGGGCGAUUAUGUUUGGAGAAAUAUUCAAACUUUUCCUGUUUAUCCUUAUAGUACUCGCAACCAUGUGAACGGUGGUGUAUAUUUGAAUAAUAUCAGUUCACCGUAUUACAAUAGUCUUAACUGGUUCGCCCAUCGCAACAAUAUUACUUAUUCUUAUUAUCAUUGGGAGUAUUUUACGAUCGACAAAUUUGUGAUUAUCUCCCUUGAUUUAGGAACAGAGACAUACACGCAGUUGAUGCCUCCUAUGAAUUUUGAUGAAGUGGAGUUAUCUAUGCCAAAUUUAUGUGCGUUAAUGGAUUGUCUUUGUUUUUCUCAUCAUUCGCAGGGAGAUAACUUUGUUAAAUGGCAAAUGAUGGAAUUUGGAGUUGAAGAGUCUUGGACUAAAUUGCUUAAGUUUAACUGUCAACAACUGCUUCCUUGUUAUCUUUAUUUUGAUUAUCGUCGUUUGUUGCCAUUAUACAUUUUUGAGAAUGGUGAUGUGUUGAUAUGGGCGAGCGAGGAAGGAUAUGCAAUUCGCUAUAACAAGAGUGAUGAGAGAAUAGUAGAUAAAACUAGAAUGACCAAUAAAUUGUAUUGGUUUUUGGCUCAACACUAUGUUGAAACUACUGAUUUUUCAUCUUUUCUGGGUGGCAUUUUUCCUACAGGUGAAGUUGUCGAUGAAGCUGUUUAUGCAGUUGAACUUGACAUCUCGACUUCCCCGAACACACCAUCUGUUGAACAACCACCUUCUUUACACUCUGAACUACUUCCUGAAGAUUUAAAUUAUUCAUCAAAGACUGAAUUUGAGAAUGAAGAGAAAUCAUUAAAGAAACAUAAUAGGGGAAUUGGAUGGACUUUUAUUGGCAUUCUUGAUAUUAUUCCACCCUGUAAUAUGCAUAAGAUCUCACUUUCAAAUGAAGCAAAAGCAGUGAGGCAUCCCCUUUAA